AUGCAUCUGCUGAGCAUUGCCAGCCUCCUUGCGCUUCCCGUUCUGGGGAGUGCACAGUCUUUCGCUACUCGUCAAGCUCCAGAGGGUGCAGAUGAGACUAACAACGCUACUGUCCCUAUUGCCAAGAGCUACAUCAUCGAGUAUGCCUCGGGAUCAGCCAAAGCCCGUCGCGACGUUGCCCUCGAGGCCGAUAUUAAGGUCGUCAAGAAUUUUGAGAGCGACAUCUUCUCCGGCGCCAGCAUUGAGACCGACACCCACAACAUUGAUAGUCUCCAGAACCUAGCUGGUGUCGCUCGCGUCUGGCAAAAUACCCGUGUCAGUUUGUCUCCUGUUGAGGGCCUCAAGUCGAUCGAGGAGGCUGCUGCUGGUGACUACAGCCCGCACAACACCACCGGCGUGAGCAAGCUUCACGACAAGGGCAUUUUUGGGCAGGGAGUCAAAGUCGGUGUUGUUGACUCUGGAACUUGGUACACACACCCCGCCCUGGGAGGUGGCUUCGGCCCGGGUUUCAAGGUCGCUGGUGGUUACGAUCUCGUCGGCAACGGCAUCUGGCCCUACGAAGACAAGACCCCAGAUGAUGAUCCGUUAGAUCAGCUUGGACAUGGUAUGAAGAUGUUUGACCCUUCCUGGAGUGGUGUUGCCCCUGAGGCGUCGCUUUACUCAUACAAGGUCUUCGCUCAACUGGAUGCUACGGAUGAUGCUACUCUCAUUGAGGCUUUCCUCCGAGCCUACUCCGACGGCGUGAGGAUCCUUGAGACCUUGAGAAAAAUCACGCAAGUACUGACAUCGAAGCAGGUUGACAUUAUCACUGCCAGUAUUGGUGGUCCAGGUGGCUGGUCUACAAACGCGUGGGCUGAGAUCGCUUCUCGCUUGGUCGACGAAGGGGUCGUAGUCACGAUUGCCAACGGCAACUCGGGUGCUGCCGGUGCUUUCUUCGGAAGCAGUGGUUCCUCUGGCAAGAAUGUUCUUGCCGUGGCCUCUGUGGAGACCGAGAAGUAUCCUGCCUCGCCAUUCGAGUUGACAUCGGUUCUCGACGGCAACACUGAGACCGUCAAGGCUGGAUACUUGCCUUCAACUUACUAUUUCUCAUCCGAUAUCGUUGAUUGGCCGGUUGUUCCUCUGAACUUCGACAUCACCGAUCCUGCGGACGGCUGCGAACCCUACCCUAACGGCACGCGCAGCCUCAAGGGUGUUAUUCCCUUGGUAAGAAGAGGGACUUGCACUUUCGCAACUAAGCAAGCAAACCUAGUUGCCCUUGGUGCCGAGUACAUCUUGUUUUACAACAACGAAAACCCCAUCAUCACACCCGGAACCGAUGAUGAUGUUGGUCUGAUUGGCCUCAUCACCGCCGCAGCUGGUAAGGCCAUCAUUGAGACGGUUCAAGCCGGCGGCAAUGUUACUGCGGACUUUUCUCUCAACCCCGAGCAGGUUGUUGGCUUAGAAUACCCCGCCGGUGGUCGACCAAACACUUUCACUUCCUGGGGUGCUUCAAACGACCUCGACAUUAAGCCCGAUAUUGCUGCUCCUGGUGGUCAAAUCUUCAGUACCUAUCUUGAUGAUACCUAUGCGCUGCUGUCCGGGACCUCGAUGGCCACACCUUACGUAGCUGGCGUAGCUGCACUCUUUAUCAGUGCCCACGGCGGCCGAUCUGUACAUGGCAAGGGCUUCGCCAAGACACUGCACCAAAGAAUCAUCGCCAGCGGAACCUCUCUCCCCUGGUCCGAUGGAACCGCAACCGACUACGGCUUCUCGGCAUCGGUUGCCCAAGUUGGAAACGGUCUCAUCAACGCCUUCAAGAUUGUCAACUACACUACCGACAUCGCCUUUGAGAAAAUCGCGCUCAAUGACACCCAUUACUUCAGUCGUUACCACGACGUGACCGUAACCAAUAAUGGUGCCAAGGAUGUGAGCUAUAAGCUCUCUUAUGAAGCUGCCGCUGGGGUAGAAAUCCUUGGCUGGUACCCAUUCGUCGCACCCUGGGGUGGCGAGAAAAGACUCAAGAGCUUUACAGAGUUGACGCCCAAGAGUCUUCCUGUUGAGGUGUCUUUGCCAAGAGACUUCACUUUGAAGCCAGGCGAGAGCAAAACUGUCAGUGUCAACUUUCCCAACCCCAACGGCCUUGGCUGGAACUCGUCUGCUCUGCCUAUCUACAGCGGAAAGGUCAUAGUUUCUGGCAACAACGGAGAACAACUUUCCGUGCCCUACCUAGGCCUCGGUGCGAACCUGAAGGCAGAGAUUAGCCCGAUCUAUCGUCCCUCGUACCCCUUCACCACACAAAGAGACUAUGUCUACUCUUUCAAUCUCGACCCAUCCGUCGCCGAUUUCCCCAUCAUCUACUCAAAGCUCAUUUGGGGCAGCAAAGAAGUCCGAUGGGACAUUUACGAAGCUGGUUGGACCGAUAGACAAUGGGAAUAUCCGCCCGUCCCCGGUCAGAACGGCUACAUUGGCCCAGCCACCAGCCACGUUGUAGCUGGCAGCGUGUCAUACUUUGACCCCAGUCGUUAUGACCCAGAUGACACCUGGACCUACCCUCAGGUUGACCUGUACCGCAAUGCUCAGACCCAGGCGUCGUACCAUGAGUUCUGGUGGUUCGGAAAACUUGGCAACGGAAGCCAGAUUGAGCUCGGAAACUACACCAUGCGAUUCGCCACACUGAAACCUUUCGGGAACCCUGCGGCUGCUGAUAACUGGGAUGUUUUCCAGACACCGCAGAUUCAAGUCACUGGAAAAUACGAGAGACGAGGAUAG